GCGGGUAUUCAAGCUUUUAUUACAGCACAAUAUUAACAAAAAUUUAAAAAUAUUAGCCAACAAAUUUUUUUUUAGAAUAAAAGAAAUUUAAACAAUUUAGAGAGAUAGAUAUUAAUUAAUUCAAAACAGGUAUCAGAAAUCAAAGCAAUGUUGAGAAAAAGUCCUUAUAUUUAGGAGAAUUUUGAAUAAUUUUUUACAAAAGAGUGGGAUAGAAGCAAUUCAUUGUUAAAUAGUUAGGAAUCAAUAACAUAAGCAUUAAAUUUUAUGUAGAAUUUGAGAUUAGAUCAUUUUGAAAAUUCUCCUGCUAAAGGCUGCUUGAAAGAUAUGAUAGAAGAUAAUAUAAGUGGAGAUAUAUCAAGAAAUUUUAAUUAAUCUUAGUAAAUGAAAUAGAGUACAGGUGCUAUGAUUGAUAUUUCUUCAUAAAUAAACAAAUCAACAAGAAUGGCUGAAAAUAUGAAUAAUACCUUCAAUAAUUAAAAUAAUAAAAGAUCAAUAAAUUAUUCUGCUUUUGAUUAAACUUCAUCUCUAUUAUUAUAAGGUAAUUAUGAUUUAUUUGCCUAGAAAAAACCUUUCGUAGAUAGUAACAAUAAUAUAAUGAAGUAAAUCUUAGAAAAUGACAGCCAUACAUGUUCUAGUCCUUAGUUUUGUUCAUAUUGCAAACUUCAUUUUGAUUAAGUACUUUUACUUAAAAGAUAACAAGAGUCAUCUAAUUGUAAGGAAAACUCUAAUUUUUAGAGUAAAAAAUAUGAGCAAAAGAAUAAACUCGAUUCAUUUUUCAUCAGAAAGCAGAAAAAUCCACCAUAAACUUCAUAAGCCGUUCAUUCAUAGCAGUAAAACUUUAGUAAUAUGAUGAAUCAAUCAGCCUCCAACUAGGUUUAGCAAACCUUAUAUAAAUUUUCUACUAACAAUUUAGGAAACAAAGAAUUCAAUUUAAAUAAUAUUCCCGCUAAUAAUUUUACACUUAACAAUAACUUUAGCAUUUAACCUAUUGAGUAAAACUCAGAAAAGUUAUUUUAAAAAUGCAACGAAUGCAACAGGCUAGUAUGUUUUAAAUGCUGUAAGUAGUGUUCUAAGUGUGAAAGUAUUGUAUGUCCCCUUCCACUUUGCACAACAGUAAUUUAUGAGCAAUACGAAGAUGUAAUUCUUUGUAGCAAAUGCGUUAGCGCGUCUUGA